GGCUUAGUCCAGUUAGUUGUAGCAGUAUCAUCACUAUGAUUAGUACCAAUACCACAGAAGGCAAUAGAGAGACAAACAGAUAAGAAUUAACAAGAAAAUAAACAAAUUCAAACCAUCAAAGUUUAUUUGGAUUUGUUGCAGCAGAAAAACUUUAGCACUAUUGUUUUCAGAAGUGGCAAUAGACUAUCCUAGGCAUAAGAAAAGAAACUGGAACAUAUUAUUUUUUAUGCUUUAAAAUUGAAACACAAUUCAAGCAGCACAAAAAAAUUGAACAAAAAAGACAAACAGAUAAAAGGAAAAUUCCACUCCUAUACUACACUUCCAACACAUCUGUAUCAAGAUUUGAGCAAGAGGGAUGUCUGAAAAUUGAAUGAGAGCCCUGUGUAACUAUUGGACCAUUUAACAAAUCCUUCAAACAAGAGAAGUAUUAACAUAAACAUUAAAAGCAUGCUGACUAUAGUUGAUUCAUGUAGGCUAGUUAGUUUCUAGGUUAUCUGACAAGAUCAAAAAGUUAGAUAGUGAAAGGUAAAAAAUGUUAAAUAACAUUAAACAGCUUCCUUACAAAUGUCUAUUAUGUACAACAGUCUUCUCAUCUCAGUGGAAAAUGAGAAAUCAUAUAUUAGAGCAUACAGGUGAGCGCCCCUUUAAAUGUUUAAUAUGUGAGAAAACCUUUAUACAAAUAGGUCAAGCAAAACGUCAUUUGUUGACACACUCUGGGGAGAGCCCUUAUAAGUGCACUAUAUGUGGAAAGUCCUUCAAAGCCAAAAGAAAUAUGAAGGCACAUGCAUCGGUUCAUACUGGGGAGCAACCUUAUAAGUGCAAUACAUGUGGAAAGUCCUUAACGAACAAACGCAGCAUGAGGAGACAUGCAUUGGUUCAUACUGGGGAGCAACCAUAUAAGUGCACUACAUGCAGGAAAUCUUUCUCAUCCAAAUACGCAUUGAUGCUACAUACAUUGAUACAUACUGGGGAGCUACCUUAUAAGUGUGCUACAUGUGGAAAGUCCUUCAAAUACAAAAGGUAUAUGAAGGAACAUGCAUCGGUUCAUACUGGGGAGCAACCUUAUAACUGCAAUACAUGUGGAAAGUCCUUUACGAACAAAGGCAGCAUGAGGAGACAUGCAUUGAUACAUACUGGGGAGCGACCUUAUAAGUGUGCUACAUGUGGAAAGUCCUUCAAAUACAAAGGAAAUAUGAAGAGUCAUACAUCAUAUGUUCAUACUGGAGAGCUGCCUCAUAAGUGCACUACAUGCAGGAAAACCUUCUUAACCAAUUGCGCAUUGAUGAGACAUACAUUGAUACAUACUGGGGAGCGACCUUAUAAGUGUGCUACAUGUGGAAAGUCCUUCAAAGACAAAGGACAUAUGAAGAGACAUACAUUUGUUCAUACUGGAGAGCAAACUCAUAAGUGCACUACAUGCAGGAAAACCUUCUCAACCAAGUUUGCAUUGAUGAGACAUACAUUGAUACAUACUGGGGAGCGACCUUAUAAGUGUGCUACAUGUGGAAAGUCCUUCAAAGACAAAGGACAUAUGAAGAGACAUACAUUGGUUCAUACUAGGCAGCCCAAUUAUUAGUUAAGGACUUGUGUAAAAUCUAUCACAUAUAAAAUAAACGGUAUCAGCAUUCUGACACAUACUUUUUCCCAUAAGCUUGUGAACAACCUUUAUCAUAAGCGGUGAGAGUAAAUAUAUAUUUUAUCGUUAAAAAUAACAAAAGUUGCAAUCACUUUUGGACCGUGAUUGAUACAGCAAUGGGGUGUUGUACUAUUUUCUUUAGAAUUAUGAGGACCAAAACAUAUUAAUUUUGAUCAAAACCAGCUUUAAAAAAAAACUCAGAUUUUUUAAAAUUGUAUGUUUGGUUA